GUACUAAGCCGAUAGCUGUACCAGAGUCUGUUUGACUUGCAUAACACCAGCUCGUGUCUCAGGUGGAUUUUCUCCUCUAAAACACUCCACAAUGGCUUUUCAGUGUCAACGGGACUGCUAUAUGAAAGAGUUUGUUACCUGUGUGGUCUCCUGCUGCCCAGCUGAGCUCAAACAUGAAGUCAGUGGAAAGAAACAAACUCUAAAGGGCUUCAAUGUCAAACUCCAAGACACCAUCUUGUUUCCUGAAGGAGGUGGCCAGCCAGAUGACCAUGGGUUAAUAGGAGAUGUCCCAGUCUUAAGGGUGACAAGGCAGGGGCCUGAAGCUGUACACUUUGUGACCUCACCUCUGGAGGUGGGGCAGGAGGUGCAAGUAAAGGUGGACUGGGAGAGGAGAUUUGAUCACAUGCAGCAACACUCAGGUCAACAUUUGAUCACAGCUUUGGCAGAUAACCUUUUUGGAUACAAGACCACAUCCUGGGAGCUGGGGCGUCAAAGAAGCACCAUUGAACUGGACACUCCCUCUGUGAAGCCUGCCCAGCUCCAGGCCCUGGAAGAAGUCGUAAAUGAAAAGAUCAGAGUCCACGUCCCUGUCACUGUUCAGCUUCUCUCUAUAGAUGAUCCUGCUGUGGAAAAGGUGAGGAGUCGAGGGCUGCCAGACGACCAUGCAGGGCCCAUUCGGAUUGUUGAUAUCGAGGGCGUCGAUGCCAACAUGUGCUGUGGAACCCACGUGUCUAACCUCAGUCACUUACAGGUGAUAAAACUACUGGGAACUGAGAAAGGGAAGAAAAACAAAACCAAUCUGAUCUUCCUGGCGGGAAACAGGGUAUUGAAGUAUGCUGAGAAAAGCUACAGUACAGAGCGAUCACUCGUGUCUCUGCUAAAGACUGGACCUGAUGAGCACGUUGAGGCCGUUGACAAGUUGCAGAAGUCUGUUAAGCUACUACAGAAAACGAACCUGAGCCUGCUACGAGACAUGGCUGUCAUCAUCUCUCAGAACUUUAACAACAACCCCCAGAGAGGCAACUUCUUCAGCUUGCACAAGAAAGAGGGUGACAAUGAAUUCAUGAAUAUCAUUGCCAAUGAAAUAAACACUGAGGAAACUCUGGUUUUCCUGACUGUUGGAGAGGAGAAGGGACCUGGUUUGUUUCUACUGGCUGGACCCAGUGAACGAGUGGCUGAGAUGGGACCACAGGUGUUAGAGAUGCUCCAAGGGAAGGGAGCAGGAAAAAAUGGACGUUUCCAAGGCAAAGCCAACAGCCUGGCACGCAGAGGGGAGGUGGAGGCUUUCCUGCAGCAGCACUGUAAAGACACCUCAGAGGAAGAAUAAAACCAACAAUGGUUCAAACCAGAUGAAUAUUUUUUAUGAACUAAGCAUUCAGAAACUAAAGAGGUUAGUUUAUCCGACUGUCUUAGCUAGUCAUAUUUUAAGGUAACAAUCAAUGUGUUUAGGUACAGAUACCAAGAAACUGACCAUUUCUAUCAACAUGUACUGUAUAUAACUGGGACUAAUGUACAUGUGCUGUACAUAUCUGAAUGUUAAAUGUCACAUACAGUUUUUAUUCAUUUAAAACCUUAUCUGUUAAACCUUAUUUUCUGUGAUCAGAUUUCAGUCUUUUUUUCUCCUCAAUAAUAUGCCAUUUUAUAUUUAAAUGUGGGGCUGCAUUUAAGGGCCACUGUGUAGGAUUCAGUGGCAUCUAGUGGUGAGGUUGCAGAUUGCAACCAAGUGAACACCCCUCAAGGAAUGUAAAAAUGUCAACAGUCCUCCGUAGAGUCAUUGUUUGGUUGGUCCAUUCUGGGCUAUUGUAGAAACAUGGUGGUGCAACGUGGCCGACUCCAAGGCUAUUUAGUGAAUACUGGGGCAUGGUCUUUGACCCCAUGGGAGCUAUUGGGUAUAACGCAUGGGCAAUUGAACUGGAGCUGCGAUAGCGUUAAAAAUAAAGGAAUGGUGUCUGCUCAUGUGCUCUUUGAA